GAACAACUUUUUCCAUAUUCCUAAUACUUCCCACGCGAGUACUUUCUUUUUUUUUCUUUACUUUUUUCUUUUUCUCCUACGCAGAUACAAUGUCGAACCGUCCUUCCGCCAAGGCUAUUGCCAAGCUAAAUGCUUCAACGCUCUUUCCAGAGAUUCGAAAAGAAAUCACUGCGAAUCCUUCAUUGUUUGCUAUCCAUGGGUUCUUUAUAUUUAACAUCACUAAGCGAGGAGUUCCUAUGACUGAAUGGUACCUCCUCUUUCAGGGAUUUGAUGCUCCCGCUGUUGUCUCUCAGAAGAGGCCAGAAAUUCCCAAAGCAAAGCGGGACCAAGACCCUAUCCCUGUAGCGAUUCUCCAAAUCGAGGACUCGGACCUGCUCAACUUUAUGAGCGGAGGCUUAACUGGCGCUCGCGGCAUCGUGAGCGGAAAGAUCAAGAUUGCAGGUGCUAUAGAGUUGGCAGAGCAAUUGGAACAAAUCUUUAAGAAGGCAAAGGGGCCUGAAAAGACACUCGCGUAUUUGGAGCACAAGCGAGGAAAGUCUGAAAGGGCCAGGGCACGUCUUUGAAACACAGAGUCAUUUUAAAGAAAUAAAAAGUUUAUUUUGUGAGGA